UAUAUACCCUAAAAAAUGGUGACCCUUUCAACUCCACUCUCCCAUAACUCUUUAUCCUCUCCAGAAUUAUCAACGAAACGCCAUGGUUGUCCUCUUCAUCCCCAUGUACCUCUCAGAGUCACCUGUUCUUCUUCUGCUAGCAAAUGUGUUCCCAAAUCCAAGGAAAGCUCGUCUCCCUUUAAGGAACUGAGGACUGUAGCUUGUGGCUUUCUUGCUGUAUGCACCGUUGCUACUGCCUCGCCUGUAAUUGCUGCCAAUCAGAGGCUUCCUCCGUUGUCAACAGAGCCGAACCGAUGCGAGCGUGCAUUCGUUGGUAACACCAUAGGUCAGGAAAAUGGUGUGUACGAUAAGCCGCUCGAUCUACGCUUCUGCAAUUACACUAACGAGAAAUUGAACCUCAAGGGGAAAUCUAUUGCGGCUGCACUUAUGUCGGAUGCUAGGUUUGAUGGUGCAGACAUGUCUGAAGCUGUGAUGUCAAAGGCUUAUGCUGUUGGAGCUAGCUUCAAAGGUACAGACUUCUCGAAUGCGGUUUUGGAUCGAGUUGAUUUCAGAAAAGCGAAUCUGCAAGGAGCUAUAUUCAAGAACACAGUGUUAUCUGGUUCAACAUUCGACAAUGCGCAGCUUGAAGAUGCAGUUUUCGAAGAUACCAUCAUCGGUUACAUUGAUAUUCAGAAGCUUUGUACCAACACAAGCAUCAGUGCUGAAGGAAGAGUUGAGUUGGGUUGCCGAUGACUGAUUUAUAUACACAUAUAUAUUCUAUGUUCUUACUUUCUUUUUCUUUUUUAAUUUUCAUGUUGGGAUUAAAAAUGGUACCAGAAAACAGUUA